UUUCUGACUUUUUUAAUUUUUCUGAGUUUCUUGAUGUUUUGAUUUUUUUUAAUUUAAAAUUGAUUUAAAUCAAAAAUAUCUGUUAUUUCUCCCUUGUAUGGAAUACUAAAGCUGCUGCUGUCACAACCUGAAAGCUGCAAUGAUAUCUGAGACCUACAAGAUAUUUGCUGACAAAAAAGAAGUUCAUGCAAGAACGAGCCGACAGCGAAUAAGUUUUCGCCGACGUUUCAUUUUCGGCGGCGGCGGAAAAUCGGCGGCUAACACCUCUAUCUCAAUCGUUUCUGUUGCUGAUGUUCCAGUAAUACUUUUCACGACUAUAUAUUUUUAGUUACAUUUUAUAUUCAUUCAAAUUUUUUCGAAUAACGAGAUAUUUCAUUUCAUUAAUUCGACAUGUCUCAACGUUCAAACAUAUAGUCCCUAAUAGUACCUUACAGUCCUCUAUAGUCCGUUAUAGUCCCUUAUAGUCAAUUAUAGUAUCUAAUAGUCCCUUAUAGUACCUUAUAGUACCUUAUAGUACCAUAUAGUACCUUGUAGUCAACUAUAGUACCUCACAGUAUCUUAGAAUUAGAAUAGAAUUCGAAUUAUUUCACAAUUCAUUUUUUUGAAUUAUUCUGUAAUUCAUUUCCGUCAUCCAGUGAGAUACCCAAGGCCUUGUCUCUCUGAAUUCGUUGUAAAAAAAAACGUACUGAGAAGAUUCCACCUUAGACAGAAAGCGACAGUUCUGAUCGCGUUUCGAGGGCGAAGUUUAUGAAUCCUGCAGAAAAUCGUCAGAUGCCGCAGAGGACGAUGUAACGAUGGGGUAGCUUGACAUUUACUCUUGCCGACAGAGAUCAGCUUUAUGAAAUAGUCAGGCCGAAUUUUAAAAGGGUGCCCAUCCCCUCCCUUGAGGUUUUUGGAUAUUGUCACGAUUGUCAAGAUUUUCAAAUGCAUUUCUCUACUUCGAUGUAGGUACACAUACGAAUCACCAAUUAUGAUUGCUCCAACUGCCUUUCAUUGUCUUGCCCACGUUGACGGUGAAGUUGCAACAGCUUGCGGUGCAACGGAAGCUCAAUGUUGUUAUACUUAUAAUUGGAUGUAUUCAAAUAUGCCAGAAGAAAAGGUUUUACAAACAACCGGUCCGAAGUUUUUACACAUUUAUUUGACUGCACCCAAUGAUUUACUUGAAAAUCUUGUUCAAAAAGCCGACCGUAACGGCUAUCGAGCACUUGUUGUUACAUGUGAUCAUUCAACUGAUUGUGUUCGAGAUCAUACGUUACCAUUGUUUGUCGAAGCUUCAAAACAUCUUGAUCCGGAACUGAUGAAUCGUAUAACAAUCCCAAAUAUGAAUGUACCUGAUAUGAUCGCAAAACAGAAACACGGUAACGAUUCGAUAACAUGGACAAACAUUGAAUGGUUAAGAAAACUGACAAAACUGCCAAUUAUUUGCAAAGGUAUACUAUCACCGGCUGACGCAGAGUUAGCGGUGAAAUAUGGUGCAAAUGGAAUUAUUGUCAGGUUAGUGUGUAUACACGUACAACUGACUGAAUGUACCCCUCGCUAUUGUUGUUCAGUAAUCAUGGUGGUCGACAGAUUGACACAGCACCGCCGGCUAUUGAAUGUCUAGAGGAUAUUGUCAGCGUUGUUGAUGGCCGUAUAGAAGGUAGGUU